AUGCCAAGGGAAGCUUGUGAAUUUUGUCGACGAGCCAGAGCUCGACAUAAAACGAGAAAGAAAGCUGGAGUUUUUUGGUAUAGUAGUCGAGGAUUGGGUCGUGUAGAUUGGAAGCAGAAAACUGCAAAAUUUCGUCAUAGAUCGCCGGCAAUGUUGGUACGGCGUGGCAGCAGGCGCAAAACUAAUGAAGUUGAUAAACAAAAUGAAUUUGUAAGUAAUCCUAGGCUGCAAGUCCUCGUGGAUUUAUUUGAAAAAGAAAAUGAAAUCGAAGAAGUGUCUUCUCCAAAAAAUAGUGCAAGUGUUCUAUCAGAAUCUGUAAAUAAUGUUGAAGCUAUUGACGAACCACAUGUUUUGACUCAUGAUAUAAAUCAGUUGUCAAAAGAAGCAAUUUCAGUCAUUGAGUCCAGGUCAACAGAGGAACAUAACUUAGCAUAUUUCAAGAUUGCUGAAAUAACGCUUCAGCAAUGUGUGGAUUUGUUGCAGUCACUGCCGACAUCCAAUCAGUAUAUGAAAAACGGCUCUCGAUUAUGA